CUAGGUGAAUUUCUGUUUAGUUCAUGCAUAGGUUUGCCUUCAAGCUCAUUUUUCCCCUACUCGUUGCAAAAAUUGAAGUGGCAACAGAAGUGACUAUAAAGCCUCAAGAAGGAUGUGUCUGCCCUGAUCGUGGCUACUCCUGCAGGGCAGACUCUGUGACUGAAAUUGAAUGGGAUAGUAGAUUUUUGGGAAGCAAAAUUUCCUAUGACAUUCAUCGAGAGAAGAAAGAUGCCGAUGUACGGAGUGGUGGACUGAGAGUGCUGUUCUCUGAGGUUCUAGUAGAAGGUGGCCUAGCUAACCUGACAGCUCAACUAUUCUUAGUUGAUCAGCACACAUGGAACCGAAGCAAUGCUACUUGCCAGGCGAUAGGGCAAGGGAGAGUUAGACAAGCCACUGCGACCGUUUGUGUCACCGGUCCAGCCUCCCCUCCCACAGUUCUAUCGGUUGUGUGGGACUCACCAUCAGCUGUGGUCAGUUUCCAGUCUCCAGUGUAUGGUGGAGAAUGUGUAAACUAUUAUGUGGUCACUGCUGCCAGUGAAGAGAGGAAUGUACUGUGUAAUGUGACCAGUGAUGGUACUGAAACAAACUGCAGUAUUUAUCUCGGGGAUGACAAUGUCAAUGACUUUAACUUCACUGUCCAUGGUGUGACUCGUGUUAAUGAUAUUCUUGUCUACAAUGGAAGCAUUGCCACUGGAUGCUGCUUGCCGUUUCCUGAGAAUAUAAGAGCCACUGAAGUAGAAUGCAGAAUGAUCAGAAUGUCUUGGGAGGUUAGAAUUUGUUUACCAGAUUAAGUUAACGUGUAUCUACAGAACAAGCGCAAUACCUUGGAGAUAGUGAACACAACCAUCAGUUGGCGUGGGGUCCACGUCAGUGGAGUCAGGCAUUAUGAGAGAGGUAGUUCUGAAGACUCUCAUCUACUAACAGUAGACUACUCUGAGACUGGACCAGUGGAAAUUGCUGUGACAUUGUCUAGUUCUGUCUGUAACAAAACCACUGUCACCCACUACCAUGGUAAGACUGAGUUCUUGUCUUGUGCUGUGUGUGUGUGCCUCUCUCCACAUCUACUCUGCAGUUGAAGGAGUUCUGACUAGUGUGUACCUGAGGUCCAAGACACUAGUCAUUGAGAGCAGAGACUGCAUUGCUAGACCUGAGAACUACAGGAUAAGAGUUUGCUUUGUUGACACUCCCACUCCACCGUUGGUGCUUGCUUUCAGUACAACUGUGGAAUACGACUUAGGAGGGUAUGUAACAAGCUCCAAAAUUAUCAGAGUGGAGUUAGUUGAGAAAACAUCCAACACCACUAUUGAUGAGAAGGAUGCUACAAUCUUGUUAACUGUUCCUACCAUAACAGCUACAGAACCAGGUGCAACUGUGGCAGCUACAGACUCCAUGAAUGUAUACACCACAGUGGGUGUGGCUGUGGGAGGAGUAAUAUUUGGAGUGGCAAUGACAGUAGUUGUUCUAGUGAUUGUCAGGAACAUGAAGAAACACUUUAGAGACACCAGAGAUUCCACUGUUGGACAAACAGUGACAGAUGCAGUGAAGUGUUUUUGUUGUGCACUCCAUAAAGAGGCUCAUGUUGUUUGUGAGUCUCGACCUCCAGCAGUGGUGUAUGAGACAGUGAGUGAUGUGGUGACACCCACUGGUCCAGAUACCAGUGAGAACGUGGCUUAUGGAGUCUCUCACUCUCUACCCACCACCACACAACAUAACCCCGCUUAUGGAGUGGCCGGGAAGUAGAGACAUUGAAGCCAUCGCCCUAGUGCUAUAGCUGCCCCAUGAGUGUUAGC